AUGACUUCACUAAGGGCAUCAAUGUUAAAAACACAGUCUUCCAUGACAAGAGCUACCUCUAUCAUCAAUCUGAACAACUCUUGUUAUGGAUCCAGUUUCAACACUGCACCACUGUCUUCGAUUUCCUCGUCGUCAGUUCACUCUGCAGUAAAUAAUAGCAACAACAGCAGCAGCGGCGGCAUCAGCCACUAUCGUUGUAACAGUCAUGCAAAUCUUCCAACGGCACCAUCGAUAUCCAGUGGAAUUGGUUCAAUUGUACAUAAUAGUAGCAGUAGCAAUGUUCUCAGCAGCUCGGCUGAGGUAUCCGAUUGUGGAUCGAGUGGAUUGAUCGUCGGUGUAAGCUCACCGCCAACCUCUGCUCCUACCACCAUCGUCACAACCACCACCAACACUCUGACAAUAUGCAACAACAAUAAUAACAAUAACCAUAGUAGUAUAGAUACAUCCACAACAACUUCACAAUCAUCACCAUCAUCAACAUCAUCAUCCAAUAGCAGUCCUUCUUCACAAAACCCUAAUAAUAUUAGUCGACCAAAUACGCCACAUUUGGCAUUUAAAAAUAUGUUUUCAUUUCAUAAUCCAAUUACCACAACAACAAGAAGCAGAGCCGACUCUGUUGCCAAUUCAUUGAGUACCAAUGUUGAUAUAGAAAAUCCACAAGUUUGGAAUAAUCAUCCAUUAGUAAUAUCAGCAGAUGAUAGUUUAGUUGAUCAAAAUAAGAGUUUAUUUCAUAGAUAUAGUCUUCGAUUACCAAGUAAAUUAGAAUCUGAAUUCUUGGAUCAUCAUUAUAAUUCUCAAAUAUUUUUAUUAAGAAUUACCAAUUUAAUAGGAAUUCUUUGUGUAUCAUAUGGUUUUACUAAACCAGCAAUGUUUAUGUUGAUUGCUGUCAGAGUGUUGUGUUUUAAUAGUUUUGUUGAUAGUAAAAGAUUACAAAAGAAAGCAGAGAGUUUAAAGAUUGAAAAAGAAAAAUCUGAACAGUUACUCUCCAACAUCCUACCGGAUUUCGUUAUAAAGAUGAUGAAGGACUAUACUCCAACCGCCAAUCUAGAUAUUCUGAAUAAUUAUUUAACAUCAACCAACAGUCCAUUACCACCAAUUUCCAAAGAUUUUCCAGAUUGUUCAAUUUUAUAUUGUGAUAUUGUCGAGUUUACCAGUUUAGCUUCAAGAGUGUCACCGGAGCAAUUGGUUAGAUUGCUGAAUGAAGUUUUCACCGAAUUCGAUAAGGUAGUCGACUCUCACAAAUGUGAGAAAAUCAAAACCGAUGGUGAUGCCUAUGUAUGUGCCGGUGGUCUUACUAUCGAAAACAAUUUUCAUUACAAAGCAAUCGUUGAUAUUGCUAUCGAUAUUUUAAGAUUACCAAUUUUAUCAAAUAAUUGUUUAAAUGUUCAGGUAAAAAUAAGAGUUGGUGUUGCUACCGGAUCUGUUAUCGGUGGUGUUAUCGGUUGUGAGAAAUUCCAGUUCGAUGUCUGGGGUGAAGCUAUUGCCAUGGCUCAUACUCUGGAACAGAAUGGUUCUGCCGGUCAAAUUCAUAUCACUGAGAGAGGUCUUGACAAGUUGAACUUGGAUGACUACGUCCUCAAUGAGAAUCUGGAUUGUAGUCUCGGUGUAACAACUUAUUUUAUAAAAUCAUCCAAACAUCAAAAUCAAAAUAAUGGCGCCAAUAUUACAAGUAAUGGUGCAACCAUCAAUAUGAGUUUGGCACCUCCCCAACCAAAUUUCUUUGGUAACCAAGAUGAAUUCACCAAGGAAGUCGUAUCGUUUGAUUCCACAACCGGUGAAAAGUCAACACAUAUCUCCAUUGACACAACAUCGUGCUCUGCUUCGUCGUCGUCGAUGUCGUUGCCUUCCAGCACAGCUUCGACACCAAGAAACAUGAGUAUCAAGAAGCCACCAAGUCGAAAGAAUGAAAAGCUCGGUGAUAUCAUUCUGAGGCCAAUCAGACAUGGAUUUUUCAGAAAAGAAGAUAUGAUAUCGCCUCCCAAGGAAGAUGCCAUCGAGAACACAGAGGUCGAUCGUUAUUUCAAAGAGUACACCAAGUUGAACCACUGGAUCGUCCAGUUCCGUAAUUUAUUCGUCGAGAUGGAGUACCAUAAAUAUGUAAUCAACAGUACUGUAUUCGAGACGAAAUUCUUCAUUAUAAUCGGUGUGGUAUUACAUGUUGUGUUUUACUUGGACGACUAUCUGAUGGGAUCAAAUCCAGUGUUUGGUGCCAGAAGUAUCUAUCUCGCCAUGGGACUGUUAUUUAUCCUUUAUUUCGCCAUGUCUUUCAUCAAAUUCUUUAAACGUGUCUAUGUUUACCAAGUGAUGUUCUUUUUAUUGUUAUUGGUAUUUGGAAUCACAACUAUCCUAGAAUUACUUCGUUAUGAUAAUCCACUGGCUCGUUCUUCAUUGACUCGCGUCUGUGCAACUUUAUUCUAUGUAAAUGUAUUCCAUUCUUUAAAUUUUAUAUCUGUAGCAUUUUUAAAUAUAUUUAUUUUUGCAUUCUUUUUCAUAUGUGCGUAUUUCUUAUCACCAAGUUUAACUCAACAUCUUUAUGGUACCGAUUAUAUGGGCAUAAUAAUUGUGUUGAUCAUCCAAAUCUGUUCAUCAUACGGUAUGAAACUAGGAAUGAGAAGAGCAUGGGUUAUUAAAUCCAAGGUUAAAUAUAAAGGAUUGAUUCUUCAAAAAGAAAGGGAAAGAUCCUCGAGACUGCUUGGAAAUAUAUUGCCCACCUCGAUUUCCGAGAGAUUGAUGAAGGAAGGUAAAGGAAAAGGAAACGGUAUGUUGAUUGCCCAAAAGUAUAGUCACGUUGCCAUUAUGUUUAUCAACAUCAUUGGUUUCGAGAAGUUGCCUGUCCAAUUGGAAGCAUCCGUUAUGGUGUCACACAUGAACUACAUAUUCUCUAUAUUCGAUGGUCAAUUGGCGCGUUAUGAACUAGAGAAAAUUAAAACCAUUGGUACCACCUAUAUGGUUGUGUCUGGUUUGAACACUUCACAGUCGCCAAAAAUAUUCCUCUCCAACAUGGCGAAUAUGGCACUCACUGCCAAGGCCUAUGUGAAGCAUAUCGACGAGAAUCUCAAUGUUCAAAUUGGAAUCAGUUUUGGUCCUUGUGUAGCCGGUUGCAUUGGUAUACAGCGUGCCAAGUUUGACGUAUGGGGUGACACUGCCAAUAUUGCCUCGAGAAUGCAGACCUCAGCGCCACCCGGAAAGAUCCAAGUCACAAAAGAAGUCAGUAAGGUGCUGAAGCGUGGAUUCUUCUUGGAGGAACGUGGUGUCAUAAAGGUCAAGGGUAAGGGUGAUAUGAUCAGUUACUAUCUUACCGGUAAGCGAGGUUCAACCGACAGCAAGAUAUAUGACAACGAUGGUGGAAUAGACCAACUACCAAACCACUGGAAACUUCUUCAAUUCCCAAGUGCCAACAGUUGCAAUAGUACACCAAAUGAAAGCAAUAUCAACAUCACCAACAACAAUACUGACUUUACAAACAAAGAAACGCUCGUUGAGGUUAAAUAA